CAAUGGCGGGAAAAUCCAGCUCACAUUUGUUUUUCUAGGGUUUACAUACAGCGUUCCCGUUUCUCAAUCCAAACAAACAAUAAACCGAAGGCAAAAUACCACCAUUAUCUUUCAUCCAGUUUCUCCGAAUCCAAACAGAAAAAGAUGCCAACAUACAAAUUAGGGGGAAUCGAUGUUGAUUUUCCAUUUGAGGCCUAUGAUUGCCAACUUGUUUACAUGGAGAAAGUUAUUGAAGCUCUCCAAAAGAGGUGUAAUGCACUUUUGGAGAGUCCUACUGGAACUGGGAAAACCUUAUGUCUUCUCUGUGCCACGUUGGCCUGGAGGAAGAGUUUGGGUGGUUUUUCAACGGGGAGUAGUCAAAUAAAGAGUCUAUUUUCUGGGAGCCAAUCUGAUGUGGGAUCAUCGCAAUCUCAGGCUGGCAACCUUCCAACUAUUGUCUAUACCUCACGUACUCACAGCCAACUCCGGCAAGUUGUUCAAGAGUUGAGAAGAAGCAACUACAGGCCCAAGAUGGUAGUUUUGGGAUCACGGGAGCAAUUGUGCAUACAUGAUGAAGUGAGCUUACUUCACGGGAAAGCUCAGACAAAUGCCUGCCGUGCCCUUUGCAGAAAGCGUCAGAAGCGUCAUUGCACACAUUUUCCUCGUGUUGCUGAAUACAUGAAGAACAACCCUCAUAUUGGAGAUGAACCUCUUGACAUAGAGGACUUGGUGAAUAUUGGAAGAAGAUUUGGGCCAUGCCCAUAUUAUGUGUCACGAGAGCUCCACAAGGUUGUUGAUAUUUUAUUUGCACCUUACAACUAUCUUAUAGAUCAUGACUAUAGAAGAUCUCUUAACCUUGAGUGGCACAACAGCGUACUGAUAUUUGAUGAAGCUCACAACCUGGAAGGCAUCUGUGCUGAUGCAGCCUCUUUUGACUUGUCUUCUGGACUUCUGACGGCAUGCAUUUCUGAAGCGAAAAAUUGUGUUGACCUAGCUGUUGCGAGGCGAGAAGAAUCAAAUGAUAAAUCAAGGAAUCCAGAUAACUUUGCGAUCUUGAGAGCUCUUCUUUUGAAACUUCAGAAGCGAAUUGCUGAAGUUCCCAUUGAAUCCAAGGAACUUGGAUUUACCAAGCCUGGGCCUUACAUUUAUGAGCUACUUGCUGAUCUCAAUAUCACUCAUGAAACUGCUUCUAAACUUAUCGAUAUAAUUGAGGAAGCUGCCAUGUUGCUUGAGGAAGAUAAGCAGCAGGACACAAAGGGAAGUGGCUGCAGGCUGGAAAGCAUUGGUAACAUCCUUAAAAGUAUUUUUAGAGAUAAGGGCAAUAAUCAUGCUGAUUAUUAUCGUGUUCAUGUGCAAGAGGCUGAGGUAAAUGCUACAGAUAUCUUCAGAGGUAAGACAUCCAGGAUACUCAGUUGGUGGUGCUUCAAUCCAGGAAUUGCUAUGCAAGAGUUCUCCAAAAUGGGAGUUGCAUCUAUUGUGUUGACAUCUGGUACAUUAUCUCCCUUGGAUUCGUUUGCGCAGGAAUUGAAAUUAGAUUUUCCUGUUCGGUUGGAAAAUCCUCAUGUAAUAUCCUCAGAUCAGAUAUGGGCAGGAGUUGUCCCACUUGGUCCAUCAGGUCGCUCCUUCAAUUCAUCUUACCGGAAUCGUGAUUCUCCAGAAUACAAACAAGAACUUGGGAAUGCUAUUGUCAAUUUUGCUCGAAUUGUACCUGAUGGACUGCUUGUUUUCUUUCCAUCUUACUACCUUUUGGACCAGUGCAUUAGUUAUUGGAAAAACAUGGGUAAUGCAAAUUCAAGUACAAUAUGGGAAAGAAUGUGCAAAUUUAAGAAACCUGUUAUUGAACCUAGACAAUCUUCACUGUUUCCUCUGGCAAUUGAGGACUAUAUGAGUAAAUUGAAGGACACUUCAACAUCUGGUGCAGUAUUUUUUGCUGUUUGUCGUGGCAAGGUCAGUGAGGGAUUAGAUUUUGCUGACCACGCUGGAAGGGCUGUAGUAAUCACUGGGAUGCCAUUUGCCACAAGGACAGACCCUAAGGUUCGUCUCAAACGUGAGUACUUGGACCUACAGACACAAUCACCCAGGGAAGGAUGUAAGAUGCUUAAGUUGUUAACUGGAGAAGAGUGGUAUAAUCAACAAGCAUCAAGAGCUGUAAAUCAGGCAGUCGGACGUGUUAUCCGUCACCGCCAUGAUUAUGGGGCGAUCAUCUUUUGUGAUGAAAGGUUUGCUCAUCCUAAUCGUCAGUCUCAAAUAUCUCUUUGGAUACAGCCUCAUAUUAAGUGUUACACCAAAUUUGGGGAUGUUGUUUUUACGCUGACUCGUUUUUUCCGAGAUGGAGGAAGCCGUAGUCCUACAAAGCUGAAAUUUGCAGAUCAUGAAAAAAAGGAUCUAAGUCCAAGUUCUACAAAAUCAGUUCCAGUUGAGGACAUCAAGCAAUCUUCAUCAGGAAGUAGAAGAGACAUACAAACUGCUCAGCCUCUGGACAAAUCUUACCUGAAACUGUUACCUGAUUUGUCUACAUCAAUGGACCAAACUCACUCCAAAGACAAAUUGUCUUCUCAUUUUGAAGUUAAAAGCAGCAACAACUCAAGCCAGCUGGGACGCAUUCUUCCUGCCAAUCUCUCAUGUUUCACUCCUUGUAUGUAUAUGAAAAAGUUGAAGCGAUCAAGUGAUCUAAUGGUCAAUGAGAAAAAGUUGUCAAUUACUGGGACGGGAAAAAUGCAAUACCAGAAUCAUGAUGCGAUUGAUUCAACUGGUGAUCUUUUAUUGGAUAGGCAACAAAGAGGAGAGCAACAGUUAGAGCCUUGUUCUAGCAAGAAACGCAGAGUACUACCCAUAGAGCUUGACACGUUGCAGCAUGAUAAAAGUUCCAAUAAUUAUGCAUCAGAUGCCCAAAGAUCAGGGCCAAGUGACCUUCCUUUCAUGGUCAGUUCAGUGAAACAUGAGAAACUACAGAUUUCUGGUGCUAGAAGUGCGCUGAAUGCUAAAGUUCAUUUGCUGCAUAAGGAUGAUGGAGCUGCAGGUGUCAACUUGAGUGCUGAACCAUGUGGUGCCGAGGAAACUAAAGGUUCUGCCUUUCUGAUGCAGGUUAAAGAGAAACUUAGUCCUACAGAAUAUAAAGAAUUUGUGGGGUUUAUGAAGGCAAUGAAGUCCAAAGUGAUGAAGAUUGGUAAUGUUUUGCAAUCCAUUGUGGGAUUAUUUUCAGGACCAGAGAGGCUUCCUCUUCUUGAAAGAUUCAAGGAUUACGUGCCUGCAAAGUAUCAAUCUUUAUAUGAGCAACACAUUGAAACAAGUAAAGAUAUGCCUGACAAUCAAAGGAACUAAACUUAUCUUGUCUUAAAAGUUGUUAGGGAGGGAUGCCAUUCCUCAAUUUUUGUGAUCGGUCUGGAUGGAAAUGAGUCUUUCUAGAGCAAUGAUCUCCUGGAGUGUCAGAAAGAGAAGAAUUGAGAUAAAACAUUGUGGAGGGUUUGCGUGAAGUAUAUCGCAACUUUUGACAAAUAUCAGAAACUGUUUGCCUGCGUAACCAAGUAGCUAAUUGUUCUUUCAUAUCUGGAAGAAAGUAACUUUCUCAACAUGAGGGCAAUGUUGCAUUUGCAAGCUGUUAUACCUGUAUUAUUUUACUGAGAUUGUGAAGGAUUACUGGAUUAGACUUGGUCACAGCUUACCUCUUGUGGAAAACAAAAUCAAGCAAACAGAAAUAGAGUGAAACUGGGAAUUUUGUUGGAGAGAUGAGAUAUAAAGGCAGCCUAAGUUUUUGCUUCCUGAUUUAUAUGGCCUUGACAGUGCAUCAGCAAGAGCCUACAAGAUGGUCGAUUAGUUAUUGGAAGUGACUCUAGUUACUGUACCUAUGGUGCCCCUGAGAUUGACAUUCAUGUGUAGAUAUUAAAAUAGAACUGAUUUACAAGGUAUGAGGUUCCAUUUGAUGGAAAGCAUAUGAGGUGCCUAUUAAUUACUUCUUACUAUAUAUUGUUCCUAAAAUUUUCAAUUUAAGUCCAGUGGCAUCUGACUCUUAACCUGCCUAAA